CUUUCAGAUGUUGUCCCUCCUCCCUCAGAGGGUUCUGAGGUUGUUGGAGUUCAUCGGAUUCUCAGGAAACAGGGGAUUUGGUUUGUCUCAGCUCAGAGAGGGAGCGUCCAGUCAAAGUCUGAGGUCCAUCCUCUGCGCUCUGACGCUGCUCUUCUACCACACAUACGUGUCGCUGAUACUCGGGACUGGAGAGGGGAACCUGGUGGAGGCUGAAGCUCUGCUGGAGCCGUACAAACACAAGUACCCCAAAGGAUCCAUCAUCCUCUUCUACUCCGCUCGUAUCGCGACUCUUCGAGGAAACUUUGAGAAGGCCCGCGCCCGGUACGAGGAGUGCAUCAGCAGCCAGCAGGAGUGGAAGCAGAUCCACCACCUGUGUUACUGGGAGCUGAUGUGGACUCACUCCUACCAGCAGGAGUGGGAGCAGGCUUACCACUACGCCGACCUGCUGUGCAAAGAGAGCCGCUGGUCCAAGGCGAUUUAUGUGUACCAGAAAGCAGCCAUCCUCAGCAUGAUGUCUGAGGAGGACGCGAAGAAGACCGGAGAGGACAUCGUGGAGCUGUUUCGGCAGGUGGAGGGGCUGAAACAGCGCCUGGCGGGGAAGUCCAUCCCGACGGAGAAGUUUGCAGUGAGGAAGUCUAGACGCUACAAAGCUGCUAGCCCUGUCCCACUGAUCAUCCCUGCUCUGGAGAUGAUGUACGUCUGGAACGGUUUCACCAUCGUCGGGAAGAGAGCCGACGCCACCGAGGCACUGCUGAUCACCUUAGAGGCGGCGGAGGAGCAGCUCAGCAGUGACGCCAACCCGUCAGAGUUCCAUCCAGACGACAGCUGCCUGGUCCAGAUGUUGAAGGGGCUCUGUCUGAAACACCUGGGCCGGUUACUGCAGGCUGAGCUCUGCUUCACACAGGUUCUCUCCAGUGAGAGUCGUAUCAGAUACGAUCACUACCUGAUCCCCUUCACCCUCUACGAGCUGGGUCUGCUCUACAAACAGCAGGGAGACUUCACCAAGGCCACCACCUACAUCGAAAACGCCAAGACCAACUACAAGGACUACUCCAUGGAGUCCAGGCUGCACUUCAGGAUCCACGCGGCCCUCGGCAGCCUCAAAGGAUCCCCUAUCAGCACCCCUUAGUGCUCCAGAACAAGUCUCAGUGCAGCUGGAAGCUACAGAGUCCAAACCAAGAACCCAGGGAUGAAGACGUGAAUCAGGGUGUGAGAUCACAGGUCCAGCAGGACUCUUGUUUUUAGGAUAGCAGUCGUAUAUUUAUGGUUCUUUCUCCUUAUUUAUUCCUUUAUUUGAUGGACGGAUGAGAUUAUUUAAGCUUGCACCUCUCCUCAAACCGGCUCGGGCUUCCUCUCAAGCAGAAACUGACGUAUUAACAGGAAACACGGUGCAGCGGUUUGAUGCCAAAUGUCAGUUUGAUCACAUUACUAACAGAUUAACUCGACUCAAACAGGAAGAGGUUCACUGUAAGGGCUUCUCACGCAGGGCGAGGGUUUAUCUCAGAGCGACUUCAGGGAGGAGCGCUGCAACACCGCUGCAUGUUCACACAGAAGCACAAAAUAAGGUUUGCAGAUCUCCUUUUAAACCAUCGACUGUACAAACAGACGGACGACACACCACUGCAUCCUCCCACUGUACAAAAGUGAAGCCAAAAUACAGGUGCAAAGGGCACUGACAUCUUAUCAUGGUGACGUUUUCAGAGACGGCAGUCCAGUCCAGAUCGGCAAAAAUGUCACAGCGCUGCGGGAGCCUCAUUGGUAGGGAAUUUUCAAAGUUGUAAACUUUCCAUGGGAAUGAACAGGAAUAAAGCAGGAAUUUACUAAAUUGAAGGUUGGCUCUUAAUAGGGAACUUAAAUAUAGUUGGGAAAAUAUAUUUUAGCAUAAUCCUGACUAUAACAACCAGAUUUCAUGAGUACAGUUGAAUAUGUCUGCUAUUCCUCAAUCACAUGCACAUAGCACAAUGCUUACUGCAGGGCUAUUGAGGCCACGCCCCCUACAUGCACUGUGCAUUCCUCCAUCACAUGAAGCACAGAGGAUUUCUACUUUGGAUGGAUGUCUGCUUAGAACAAAACAAAUAUUUAUGCUUGGCUAUGAUACCUUUCCAUUAAAUUACCCUCAAUUCCCAGUUCAUUCCCAUGGAAGGUUUCCAAUUUGGAAUAUUUCCAAAAUCCCCCAGCUUAACUUCCCGUGGAAAUUUAAGGGUAACUUUCUAGACAUUUUCCACCCCUUUGCAACCCUACUCAUUGGUCGACACAGCUGCCAAUCAUAGCUUUGAUCAUGGAAUAGAAUUCUGCCUGUGACAUCAAAGGCAGGGUUCUAGAAUUCUGGCAUCAAAGGCGGAGUUCUAGAAUUCUGACAUCAAAGGCAGAGUUCUAGAAUUCUGGCAUCAAAGGCAGAGUUCUAGAAUUCUGACAUCAAAGGCAGAGUUCUAGAAUUCUGACAUCAAAGGCAGGGUUCUAGAAUUCUGGCAUCAAAGGCGGAGUUCUAGAAUUCUGACAUCAAAGGCAGAGUUCUAGAAUUCUGAGAUCAAAGGCAGAGUUCUAGAAUUCUGAGAUCAAAGGCAGAGUUCUAGAACUCUAAAAAGAGAACAUUUCAUUAGCCCCUCCCCUCUUUCCUGAUUCAUCCCUCUUUUUUUUUUUCCCUUUUUUUUGGGGGGGGGGGCUUUUGCCUUUAUUCCAUAGGACAACUGAAGAGAGACAGGAAGUAUGGGGAGUAGAGAGCGGGGGAAGACAUGCAGGAAAUGGUCGACGGUCGGGAAUCGAAACGGUGACCCCUGCGACGAGGACUGUAGCCUCUGUAUGUGGGGCACUUAGACCGCUAGACGAGUCAGAAACACGAACACUGAGACAUACAGUAAAUCAACGUUUAUUUGACCUCUAUUUGAUUUUACACUUUGACCCAUGUUCCAUCUGAUAACAUGGAGAAGGCGGGCCUUAUAAGUCAGUCAGCAGGGGGAGCUCUGAAUAUUUUGGCUUCACUUUUGGGGAGCUGUCAUGUCGUCACGUUAUGAGAGAUCUGAGAAGAAAAUCAGUAUUACCAACACGUCUCAGAUGGCAGUCGCUCGUCUUCCCCCUCUGUUGCCCUUUGAAUCUCUGAACGAGCCCAAACUAAAGCUAAGAAACGGACCUUUAACACCACUACAUGAAUCCAGGCCUUACACUGAACCACGUCAUCAUUAAAGCCGGUUUAUCUUUAGAUGAUAAAAGUGAAGAGUGCUUUACAUGUGCAGCAGAGAGAGCUGUGUGUUCACACACACAUUAUAUAUAAAUAUAUGCUUGAUAUUUUCUUCUUCAUACUUUGCCUUUUUGAUCUCCGAACGCCACACGUGCACAGAGCACAUCAACACACACACACACACACAUGUCAGUGCACACGCAGUCGCAGCCUUUUCACCAACCGUGGCUUAUAUUAACACACACACACACACACACACACACACACGGCGUAAAGCAUAACACACUCAUUCCAAGCUUGCACAUACCGGGCAAUAGGCACAUUCAAGCAAAGCAAACAGGAGCAGCUGGAAACGCACACAUUUAGCAGCAAUAUAAAAGAUCUGCAUCUGUUAGUUAGUUUGUCUGUGAGUCCGGUCUGAAGGUUUAUUGUGGUCUCAGGUUUUUAUUUCUCAGAGGCAGCAGAGUCUGGGACUUUCAAAUGAAGGGGUUUAAACGUGAGAUCUCCUCAUAAAGCCUUCAGUGGCACCAAAGAGAGCCGUGCGAGUCGGAUAGAAAGACCUGAGUGAUGCAAAAAACCAAAAUAAUUUAUACCAAUAUGUACAAAAUUAAUAUGCCAAGUAUCAAUGUUCCACCUGUGACAUUC